AUGGCAUCAAAAUUUCGUAAUGUUCCAGUAAAAAUGGUUCGAAUUCAAUGGUCAGACAAAAAUCAUCCGAUUACACAUAAAGAAAAUGUUACUAUUGGCAUGCCAAAAGAUACAGAGACUAAUACAACAUAUCUACGAAUUGUUGUAAAUCAACAGACGAUUCUAUCGGAAGAACUCGAUCAUUUUGAAUGGCUUGAUGAAUCUUCUACGACCGGAGUAGCAACAAUCAGUACAUCAUAUAUUACAAUUGUUAUUCUUUAUAAUUCACAAGAACGAGCCUUAUGUGAGUUUUUUGCUGAUAUGGAAGCAUUUCUUAAAAAAGGACUUAGAAAACAAUCAUCGAGUCCAUCUCCACAACGACGUAUUCAAACAACACCAGAACAGAUCGAAUUGGCCGUUCAUGAUCUCGUAAGAUUUAUUGGUCAAGGCUCUAGUGCAGAUGCUGAACAUGCUGCACAAUAUUUAGCAAAAUCUCAAGCUAAUUUUCAAUUUAAUUUAACCAAUCCUAAUGAUGAUACAGAAAACAAAACUACAACAAAUAAAACCGAAGCUACAGCAUCACGAAAUGUUCUUCAACUAACAUUACGUAUUGAAUGUCAUUUAAAUAGAGAUCCUUUGAUUAAAACAAUCUAUGUACCUAUUGGUACUAAUCUUCGAACAUUAAAAGAAGAAAUAGAAAGAAAAACAGGUAUCGAACGUAAAAGUCAAUAUUGGUAUGCUUUUGAUCGAUAUAUGAUUGAUGAUAAUUAUAUAUUUGGAUCUAAAGAUCCAGUAGUUUCAUUUCGUCCAAGAAAUACUCCUCUAAAAGAAAUACCACCACCAACUGAUCCAAUUCGAUCUGGUGAUACUCUUAUUAUGUAUAUUGCACAAAUUGCAACAUAUAAAUAG